UUUGUGUGUGUGUGAAUUUCUUUUCGUUGAAUGAACUCGACGGGGUGGCCGCCAGCAGGCGAGCUCAGCCAGCCCAAUGCAGCGCCAGCCACCAGCAUCAUGGGAGUCGCCGCAUCCGCGCCCACCUACGCCCAUCAACAACAGCAACAGCAACAGCAACAGCAGCAUCACCACACUCAGCAGCAGCUCGUUCAGCUGGGACUCGGGCUCGGGCUCGACUUUUCAAGCCUGUCGGAAGUUGCCGCUCUGGCGAGUCGGCUCUCUGGGCAGCAUCCCGCCGCCAGCCACGGCGACCUCGGCACGGCCGGGCUGCGGACGCUGUACAACCCCGUGCUGAGCGUCGAGAGCACUGGCGGCAGCGCUGGUGGCGUCGGCGUUGGCCUAUUUGGCGGGAGUGACGACCACUUGGGCGCGAAUCCCGCUGAGACCGGCAGCGGCGACGACGACGAGUCCAACAAGAACAAGCUGCGGGAGCGCAACAAGACCGCGGCGGCCAAAUCGCGGCUCAAGAAGAAGCAGCGCGAGCAUCAGCUGCAGCAGCGCGCGCGGCACAUGGUCGAGCGCAACGGCGACCUCAAGACCGCAAUGGCAAAGAUGGAGACCGAAGUCCAAGCGCUGCGGGAGAAGAUGGCUGCGGCCACUGCUGCUGCAGCGACUGGUACUGCCACUGCAGCUACUGCGACUGCAGCUACUGGCACUGGUACUGGUACUGGUGCUCCAUCAUCGUCGUCGUCAGCAUUAUCAUCAUCGGCAGCAUCGCCGUCAUCACAGGCAGGAUUAGCUGCGGUCAAUCAGCCGCUCAGCUGACAUGCCACGACUCAGCGCCCCCGGCGGCCCCUUGUGUAUCUGUGUUUGGCUGAUUGCUUGAGAAGGUCCAUUCGAUGACAAGUACAAUGCAACAAAAAAAAAAAAAACGAGAAGCACUCGACGCUCGGCUUGGUUUGGCGUAACGACGAACGAACGAAAGGAUUCUGUUUGUGUUUGUUGAUGUUCUGAGAUUUUGGUUUGCGAAUAGUGUUGCUGUGCGACAAAUAAUAGACUCUGUGAAUUUUGUGAAUUGGAGAUAUUACCU